CUCUCUGCUCUUCCAAAUAUGUAAUGCGAAAUAACAAACUUGACCCUUCGCUCCACAUUACAUCGUGUUGAUUAAGAAGCUCAUUACUGCACAUAAACAUUAAACAAUUUGUAUCUUCAGUUCAUUAUAUGAUUGUGAAUUAUAAGUGUGAUAAUGUAUCACUGAAUAUUUUGAUGGAUAUGAUUUUCGCAGUGUGCAGAGAUACUACUCGCGUAUACGACAGCUAGCUGCUGCUGCGCCGAACUGGUUUUGACCGGUUUUUAUUCGCCAAAAAUUUCCAUCACUCGAGACGCCGAAUUCGUCGGAUGGAGAUCGAAGCUGGAUUUACUCUGAAAUAUCUUAAUUUUAAAUGGCUGAAACAUCCUCGAAUUGCCAGAUAAUAUAGACAAUUAAUGAAAUGAAAGCUUGAUUCACGAAUGCUUUAAUGUAAGCGUCGUGUGGUAUCCAGGUUAGCAAUUUACAGAGCAGAUAGUUCACGUGGGUUCUGUACUCGUCUCGGCGGACGACGGCCAGCAGCGGAGAGCUAUCAUAGCAAGCAUUCGCUCUAAUCCAGACAUCUUGUGUAGGUGAAUCAAUGCCUUCACAGAGCAUGGCAACGUUGGCUGAGCAGGCUGCAAAGCUGCUCGACUUUAGUCAGAAGCUUGACAUCAACCUCCUGGACACAGUCGUUGGUGCCAUGUAUAGUGGAGAAGGCCCAGAACAACAAAUGGCCCAGCAAAUAUUGACAAGUUUGAAGGAGCAUCCCGAUGCAUGGACAAGAGUCGACACCAUACUUGAAUUUUCCAGCAAUCAACAAACCAAGUACUAUGGAUUACAGAUCCUUGAGAAUGUCAUCAAGACUCGUUGGAAAGUUUUACCUCGCACUCAGUGCGAGGGAAUUAAGAAGUACACAGUCGGACUCAUCAUCAAGAUAUCAUCCGAAAAGGACCUGGCUGAGAAGGAAAAGGUCUAUCUUGGGAAGUUGAACAUCAUCUUGGUCCAGAUCUUAAAACAUGAAUGGCCCAGGAAUUGGCCAGCAUUCAUCAGUGACAUUGUUGGGGCCAGCAAAACAAAUGAAUCUCUGUGUCAGAACAACCUUGCCAUUUUAAAGCUCCUCAGUGAAGAGGUGUUUGAUUUCUCCAGCGGGCAAAUGACCCAGGCCAAAGCUAAACAUCUCAAGGACAGCAUGUGUAAUGAGUUCUCUAGUGUAUUUCAGCUGUGUCAAUAUGUCAUGGAUAAUUCUCAGAAUGCCUCCCUCGUUGGAUCAUGUCUUGAAACGUUACUGCGAUUUCUCAACUGGAUUCCCCUGGGCUACAUAUAUGAAACAAAGUUGAUCAGCACUUUGAUAUACAAGUUUCUCAAUGUGCCAAUGUUCAGGAAUGUCACGCUCAAGUGCCUGACGGAGAUUGCUGGUGUGAAUGUCAGCCAAUAUGAACAGCAGUUUGUUGUGCUCUUCACUCUGACCAUGACACAACUGAAACAGAUGCUCCCUCUCGACACAGACAUCAGGCAAGCUUAUGCUAAUGGUAGAGACGAAGAGCAGAAUUUCAUCCAGAAUCUCAGUCUCUUCCUCUGUACGUUCUUCAAGGAACAUGUGGAACUUAUUGAGAAGAAACCAGAGUUUCAUGAAAUUCUCCUUGAGGCGCACCACUACCUCCUCCUGAUUUCCGAGGUGGAAGAAACAGAAAUCUUCAAAAUCUGCCUGGAGUACUGGAAUACCUUAUCAUCAGAGUUAUACAGAGAGAGUCCAUUCCCAUCCACUCCUUCAUCUCCCCUGCUGCUGGGGAGCGCCAACAACAGUGUUCCGCCUCGCAGGCAGCUAUAUCUGAAAUCACUUACAAGAGUGAGAAAAGUAAUGAUUUCUCGAAUGGCCAAGCCUGAAGAAGUACUUGUGGUUGAGAAUGAUCAAGGAGAGGUCGUAAGGGAAUUCAUGAAAGACACAGAUUCCAUCAACAUGUACAAAAAUAUGAGGGAAACUCUUGUGUACCUGACCCAUUUAGACUACGCAGAUACAGAAACCAUCAUGACGGACAAGCUUUUACUUCAAGUCAAUGGGCAGGAGUGGUCAUGGAAAAACCUGAACACACUUUGCUGGGCAAUAGGAUCCAUCAGUGGUGCCAUGCAUGAGGAAGACGAGAAACGAUUCCUGGUUCAAGUCAUCAAGGAACUCUUGGGACUGUGCGAACAGAAACGAGGAAAGGACAACAAGGCUAUCAUAGCAUCCAACAUCAUGUAUGUUGUUGGGCAGUAUCCCAGAUUCCUGAGAGCGCACUGGAAGUUCCUCAAGACAGUUGUGAACAAGCUCUUUGAGUUCAUGCACGAAACCCAUGAUGGUGUACAGGACAUGGCCUGUGAUACUUUCAUCAAGAUUGCCCAGAAAUGUCGACGUCAUUUUGUGCAAGUGCAGGUCGGGGAGGUGAUGCCCUUUGUGGACGAGAUCCUCAAUAACAUCAACACAAUCAUCUGUGAUUUACAGCCACAACAGGUUCAUACAUUCUAUGAAGCAGUUGGCUACAUGAUCAGUGCACAAACUGAAAGCAUCGCCCAGGAACACUUGGUUGAGAAAUACAUGCUUUUACCAAAUCAAGUGUGGGAUAACGUCAUCCAAGGAGCUACAAAGAAUGUUGACAAGCUUCAGGAGCAUGAUGUUGUCAAACAGCUUGGAAGUAUUCUCAAGACCAAUGUUAGGGCGUGUAAGGCAAUCGGUCAUCCUUUUGUAAUACAGCUUGGAAGGAUAUACCUGGACAUGCUAAAUGUGUACAAGUGUAUGAGUGAGAACAUCUCGGGAGCUAUCCAGCAGAACGGAGUACAAGUGACCAAACAGCCCGUCAUCCGAAGUAUGAGAACAGUCAAGAAGGAAACACUCAAGCUCAUCUCUGGAUGGGUCAGUCGGUCCAAUGACCCACAAAUGGUCUGUGAAAACUUCAUCCCUCCAUUACUGGAAACAGUCUUAGUUGAUUACGGAAAUAAUGUUCCAGAUUCACGAGAACCGGAAGUACUCAGUACCAUGGCAACUAUUGUAAACAAGCUAGAGGGAAGCAUCACAGGGGAGAUUCCUACAAUCUUCAACGCCGUCUUUGAGUGUACCUUAGAGAUGAUCAACAAAGACUUUGAAGAGUUUCCUGAGCACAGAACAAACUUCUUCCUUCUCCUUCAAGCUGUCAACAACCAUUGUUUCACAGCUCUUCUCAAGAUCUCAGCCGUCCAAUUCAAGCUCGUCCUCAACUCCAUCGUAUGGGCUGUCAAGCACACAAUGAGGAAUGUCGCGGACACGGGUUUAUCAAUAUUGUAUGGAUUGCUGCAGAAUGUAUGGCAAGAUCCGACCGUAGCACAGAGCUUCUAUCAGACAUACUACACAGACAUCUUACAACAUGUGCUCUCGGUAGUCACAGAUACAUCGCACACAGCAGGUCUAACCCAGCAUGCUACCAUCCUGGCAUACAUGUUCAGCAUUGUGGAAAACUCCAAGAUCACCAAACCUCUGAGUGCCACGCAAGGAGAGAGAAGCAAUGAGCUCUAUAUCAAAGACUUCACUGCCGGCCUCCUCAAGGCUGCCUUCCCCCACUUACAAGCGCCUCAGAUCAAGUUGUUUGUGACUGGACUGUUCAGCUUGAACCAAGACAUACCAGCAUUCAAGGAACAUCUGAGGGAUUUCUUGGUGCAAAUCAAGGAGGUAGCUGGAGACGAUACAACUGACCUAUUCUUAGAAGAAAGAGAAGCCGAUCUGAGGCAUGCAGAGGAAGAAAAGAGGAAGAUUCAACUAUCUGUACCAGGUAUUAUCAAUCCUCACGACAUGCCAGAAGAGAUGCAGGACUAGAUCAUGGCCUCCAUCCACUCAAGAGAUGAAUUAAGAAGUGUCCUUUGCAAUCUCAAUAUUCACUGAUCUUGAUUAUCAACUUUUGCUGCAAUACCAAGUCGUUCAAGCCAGAUGCAGUCGGUCAUUUGCAGAUUAGAUUAGAUGUCCCAAAACAGUUUUGGAACCGUGUUAUGUAGUCACUAUUUCAUCUUUGCGUCAUCAGGUACAGUGAAACAGAACCAACUAAAAUCCUUUAGUCCAGUCAUUGAAUGGCAGUUAUUGACUGUGUUACAGUGUCACCUAAGACUUGAAGUAGCCAUCGAGGAGGCAGCUCGGAAAAGUUGUAAACAAUAAAGUCAGAAUCAACUUCAAUUUUGAUUUUGAAUCAAGUUGAUGGUUUGGUUUUGAUUGAUGGCUUAGACGACAUUCAGGAACUGGUACUCAUUAAUCUACAUCUCCCCAUUUGUAAAGGUAUUAAAUCCACUCUGAAGACUUGAUUGAUGUUGUUAGUUACCAAGUUACCAAAUCAAACCCCUUUAUUUGCAUAGCUCUCUCAGACCGAUCGUUAGCGAUAAUCAUUUUAUGGUGUAGUUUUCCUUUGGGCGCUUCACAUAUUAUUCCCUUAUUACACCACUUAAUGAAUCAUGCAUUUUUUUGUGAUUUAUAUUGAUAAGUCGGGUUGCCACAAUCUGAAAUAGUGUUAUGUCUGUUUAUUAAAACAGAUAAAGAGUUGGACACUGUUUUCUGGUCAAAGUUUAUAUUCUAAUAUUGCAUAUAUGUGUUAAGAAAUGUAUUCAUAUGAUUUCUGCUGAUGGGAACUCUGCGGUUCGUCAGCAGAGUUUGUGUUCUUGUACCUUUUUUUGAACUCUGUAUAAAAGUAUUUCAAAUUCUGACUGUGCCAUGAUAGCUAACUUAAUGCCAUUUAGGUAUGGCUUGAGUUUGUACUAAGCAGUAUUGGUAAUGAACUAUCCCCAAAUCAAGGUUUAAUUGCUCUGAUUUUUCUUGAGAUUAAGUACUUUAAUUUCUUUAUGGUAUAUAUUUUCCAUGAUAGCAUAAGUAGCAAAGAAAUAUUUUUGUUUUUAAAUGGUAGAUUCCAAUAUGCCUCAUUUAAUAUCACAAGUCUUUUAAUGUAGGCUGAAUUUUCUGUUUUAUAUAAAAAUGUUUUCUUUACGUUGCUAUAUCAGAAUGUGUCUUUUUUUUUUUUUUCUUUCUUUUUUUGUAGAAAUCGGUGUUCAAUUAUGUUCAUUUCAUGAAUUCAGAUAUGAAACACAUCCGGAUAUGAUUACUAUUGGUUGUUUUUUCUGUAAUUCGUUUUGAAAUGGCCUUAAGCUGCCUUAUCACAUCUUUCCUCGCAAACCUUGCGUGGGACUUGCAGGUAACUAUUUUGCUACCUACAAGUCGCCCGCAGGUGGCCUGCAUUGAUGGUAUCUCACGCAGUUGCCCGCAGUAGUGCGCACAUGUCUGAUUUGCCUGCUGAAACGUUUUGAACGUGUUCAAAACUUGUUGCAGAUGAUUGCCCCCCCCCCCCCCCCACGUACCCACAAGGCUUGCAUUAGAGUGAUGUGACAAGGCCUAAAGAUGUAGACUUGGAACUUUUUGAUGAUCGCAUCAUUGUUGAGAUAAUGCAGAAAUUGUGACAAAGUUUGGAAGACACUCAUUGUUUCAUCUUGAUAAUUCACUCAAACCUAGUAUUGCCUGGUUAGAUAUAAGUAGAAAUGAUAUUCUCUAUAUUCCCACAGGAACCUUUAGUAGCAUUCAGCCCGGGGACAAAUGGAAUUUCUUUCCUUGCUUCUGAAGUACUUUAGUCUUUAGUUUUCCAAGUCAUUCCCCAUCAUUGAAAUUGUGCUGUGUGCUAGCUGAUACUGAUUUCGUACAAGUUUAAAAAUAUUUGUUUUCAAUUGUUCUUGUUUAAUUCAAGCUUAAUCAGUACUUUGAUUUUGGUACUUGAAGGUUCAAUCUACAGUUCUUCAAACCAUAUUUUUUUUUGUUAUAAACCAUUUAAUUACACAAAAAUAGCCACAUUUCUCAAGAUGAGCUAAUUUCGGCCAUACCACUGUUUAACUUCUUUACUUCAAUUUGUAUUUUGUUUUUUGUAUUUUUUAUAUUAAGUUAAGUUACUGUUAUUCUUUGUUCAUAUUUUCCACAUUUAUGUAGGUAUGUAUGUAUUGAACUGAAAAUUAUUGAUGAUUUUCUUCAUCAUUGUGUACAUAGACCUAAUGUUGUCAGAUACAUGUUGAUUGCUAAAUACUAUCACUGUGUGAUAGCCAACUGCAUUCAUGAGGUGCUGCAUUUGUAAAAUACAAUGGCCAAGCAUGCAUAUUUUCAUCAACUUUUUUUUCUAAAUUGGAAGAUUUUCCAGUUUUUGUAUAGCAGAAUUAUCAAUGCUUCUCAGAAGAUUCUGGCAAUUCCUGAUUCGAAGCAUUGGAUUGGUAUGUUGAAUUGUUCAAACAUUGUUUGAUAGAAAAACACAGUAACACAUUAUAACGCAAGUGUAUGUAAAUAUUAUAUUUUGCCAUCGUGUUCUUCAUUUCAAACCUUAUGUUUCUAAGAGAAAGAAGAAUAUUCUUUUCAAUAUCAGUAAUUGUGCUCCAAAUUACAUGUAUUGACAUUCUCUAAAAAUAAUUAAUUGUGAUAUUCUGUGUUUAUAACUUUAGGUAGAGAAUGCAUGCAUCCGUUAGAAACGGUGACUUUAGACAGUGUAGUGGGGUAAUGAAUCUGUGUCCUUGGAUAAUAAUACUUUUUAUUUCAUCUACGUUGUUGUCUUCCCAAGCAGGAAGCUACCGGACGAAUUUCAAACAAAGUAAGGAUUCCAAACAUGAGUAGCUAAUUAUUUUGCAAUUGCAGUCCCAUGUAUGUUUGGUCAUUUGUUGAUAACCAGGCAUCAAUAUCCAUUUAUAAGCAUUGGUGUGUUCUACAUAAUGUUGUCAGUAUAAUCUGCUGUUUUGAAAACAGACUAUGAUAAAGAGCAUCAAAGGAAAAUAUGAAUUAUGAUCUUUGAUGUGAUAUCUUCAUGAACAAGUUUUUCUUAUUUGCCUUUGAGUAGCUGCAUAACACAGCUACAGGAAUACCCUUCCACAAAGUUCCCCUAGAUACGGUUGAUAGUUUUUUGUCUGAUUUUUCAGUUCUCAUUAAUUUGUACUCUCCCAAGAAAUAAAUGCUAAAUACAGUAAGAAUAGUAACCAUGCAUAUGAAUUCUAAACACAGCUUCUCAGUGUCAUUAGCGAUUAGAAAUUAGACUAAUUACCAAUAUACUUGUACACGUUGCCAAAGUUCUAAAUUGUACAUAUCGUAAUUUGAAUAUUUUGCGCAUUCAAAAUGCAGUAUAACCUUUUAAAGAUAUCCUACUGUUACUGUGUAAGGUAUCAUGGUACUUAUAAAUGAUGGAGUGUGUGUGUAUGUAGGAGCCAUGACUUUUAAGUCCUCCAGUAAUUGUUAUCCUCACCCUCGUAAUCUCAUUUGUAAAAAUAUACAAGAAAAUGUUUGUACAGACAAAAUUGUGACAAAUCAUAAUGUUGUGUUCUUCUCUGUAAUGUUUCGAGGUGAUUCAAAUUAUGUUUUAUUAUAAGUGUUGCGAUGCCCUGUUCUAAUGUUCAAAUAACAGCUGAUUAUAUAUUAAGUUCCAAGAGAAUUUAAUUUUCUGUUCAUUAGUGAAGACAUGUUUUGAUUGUUUCCUUGUAGGGUAAAUGAUUGUAAUGUACAUAAAAGAACACAACCUAUUUUGUUAACUUUUCUAGACUGCAUAGAUAUGUGAUGCAUUGUGAUUCAUUGCACGUGGAACAUAUUACACGGUCCCCGUUGAAUAUAGGCAAUUUUUAUUUUUUAUUAUUUUCAUUGGAAUGUUACAAAUGUUCGAACCAUACAAUAUGUCUGAUGAGCCAGGAAGCUACUGCACAUUUCAAACUCAUUUUUGAGCAGGAAAUGGUCUGUUUUAAAAGUGUUCUCCUGCUUUCGAGAUCCUUUGAUGAUUAACCUACAUUGAAAAGGUGUAAAUCCAGAAGAUCUUUACUCUUACCUUUUGCAGUGGUAUCUUGGGGCUCAUUUUCAAAGAACUGCAUUUUCAAUGAUUAUGUCAAUAUAAGAUUUUUUUUUUAUCUUUCAUUUUGUAGAUGUUUACCACGAUUGCAUAUGUAUAUGAAUGUUUGAGACAAAAACAAUAAAAUAUACAAAUUAAAAAAUGAA